GGAAGCUGAAGCCCGGGUGAGAGGUCAGCGGUCCCCACGCGCCUCUCCGCAGCCGCCAUGGAGCCGGGCAACAGGCGGAGGAAGCAGCGGCCCGAGGCCGAGGCCCCGGGCCCAGCCCCGGAGCCGGCUCCAGCCUCAGACCCCGGGCCCGGGGAGCCCCACUUCCCCCCAAACUUCAGUGUGUCCGAGAUCAAAAACAAACAGCGGCGGCAUUUCAUGUUCGUGCGGUGGAAACAGGCGCAGCGUAAAGAACGGCUCGCAGCUAAAAAGAAGCGUCAAAAGGAGAGGGAAGCACUUGGAGAUAAGGCUCCACCAAAAGAAGUUCCAAAGACGAUUGAAAACCAGAGGGUAUAUGAUGAAACAACAGUGGAUCCUACUGAUGAGGAGGUUGUUUUUGAUGAAGCGACAGAUGAGUUUUCCUCCUACUUCAGUCGAAAGACAACCCCUAAGAUUCUUAUUACAACCUCGGAUAGACCUCGAGGGAGAACAGUAAGGCUGUGUGAGCAGUUGAAAAACAUUUUGCCAGAUUCCCAUGUAUAUUACAGAAGAGGGUUGGCUCUGAAAAAGAUCAUACCACAAUGUGUAUCUAGAGGUUUCACAGACUUGAUCGUCAUUAAUGAAAAUCGGAAAGUCCCAAAUGGUUUGAUCCUUAGUCAUCUUCCCAAUGGACCCACAGCUCAUUUUAAAAUGAGUAGCGUCCGGCUGUCCAAAGAACUUCGAGGGAGAAAGAAGGACAUAACAGAACACGUACCGGAAGUGAUUCUUAAUAAUUUUUCUACACGCCUGGGUCACAGUAUUGGGCGAAUGUUUGCUUCUCUGUUCCCUCACGACCCACAAUUUGUUGGACGUCAAGUAGCAACUUUUCAUAACCAACGUGACUACCUUUUUUUCAGAUUUCACAGGUACAUCUUCAAGAAUGAAAAACGAGUGGGUCUUCAAGAACUUGGACCACGUUUUACCUUGAAACUUCGAUCUCUGCAGAAAGGAACCUUUGAUUCAAAGUUUGGAGAAUACGAAUGGGUUCAUAAGCGCCACGAAAUGGAUACCAAUCGAAGGAAGUUCCACUUGUAAAAUGCUGCUUGAAACAGGAAGAAUCAAAGUCAUCUAAUCAUUCGCCCCACUACCUUUUGUGUCUUGAUGUUUUAAAUUAACUCGAGGAAAACUUUGUGACGAUUACCUUGAACCAGACUUUUUUUUNAAAAAUUGAAAACUAGAGGAUAUUUGUAACUGUUCUACAUCCAAUAAAUUGGGAGGUUUUAUGCAGUAGAACAUAUUGUAGAUUCUAAGCCAGUAUAACAGUACUGCUUGAUGUGCUUGGGAACAAGAUUUGUUUGAAUUUAACUUUCCAUGUGCUUCAUUUCUGUAAACAAAAUGUUCAGUGAAUAUUUUAGUUUGUGUUCAGAAAUAACUGCUCUGUCAGAUCAGAACUGUUCAACUGAGGAUGUUGAUGCAGACAAAAUAAACAGCUGGAAUAUUCUGGAACUUCAGUAAGUCAACCACUAAAUUAAGGAAAUGCCUACAGAACCUGAUUUUUUUGUGGCUUAUAGCUUUUUUUUGUUCUUUAAAGAAAACACACAAAGCUAAUUACUAACCCGAUUUUGAAUCCUGGCCAGAGUAAAUUGUUCUCCAUGAAAUGAGUUUGCAAAUCUCAAAUUAACAGGAAAGAACUGACAAUCAUGGGGUGGGGAUAAAAGAGCAAAAAGGCUGGGUAUUUGUGGUUGAAAUUGUUGCUAUACUUGACCAACUAACAAAAUUAGUGUAUUUUAAAUGUUUUGUUGGACAUCAAUAAUGAGCUUCAAAAACAAAAUGUAAUAUGUAUACAGGAUUUACAAAGGAUCAACAGAUUUUUAGCAGUUUAGUGAGAUUAUAGCUUAGUUGCUUUAAUGAGGUUUAUAGCCUACAUAAAUUGAACCAAACCUUUAUUAAAAUUCCUCCACCAGUGUACAAAGUUUUCUAGAAACAGAAUUGUGUAUAAGCAACUAAGUUUCAUAUUUAGCAAUUAAAAUUUUACAUAUGAGCACCUCAUCCAUUCAAUAAGGUAGGGGUACAUCAGUAUCAAAAAGACAAGCAAUCUGCAAAGUGACAGCAAGGAAAGUUGGCACACCGUUACACAGAUCCAACAUGGCUUAUAUGUUGGUCUAAAGGCCACUGAGAAACAAGAUUAGUGUAAACAUCUUCAUUUUUCUGAACAUGCACCAAGGUGAAUUAUCCCACUUCAAACCCAGAAUACC